AUGCCUAUAAUGCGAAUGAGAGCUGAAAAAAGGAUGAGAAAGCAUCUUUUAGAUCAUCUCAAGACCCGUAAAAUUUUAGGAGCUAGAAUAGCCAAAGGAGAAAAGACGGAACACGACUUGAUUAACUUAAAUAUGGCACCACAGGUGUUCAUGUUCAAGAAUUUGUUUUCGGGACAAAUUUUGUACUCGCAGGUGCCAGCAUUCCACCAAGAUCAAAUUGACGAACAAUUCACCAGACCAAACUGGGAAAACAGAAAACCCAGCAGAAGAAAUGAUUUAUGGAGGAUUAUGUGUGUUGCCAGCUUUGAGAACUACGAAUACGCCAUUGCUGCGUACAAGGGAUUGGUUCAAUUAAGACAAGUGAGGGACGUGGUGCAGAAGAAGGAAGCCAAGGCAUUGAGAAAAAAGAACGACGAGGGGAAUGUGUGGUUUUCCGGCCAAUAUAGACCAACAUACUCGCAGGAAGCAGUGGCCGACUUAGCGCAUGUUAUAGACGAGUUUGAAUUGGAAGGCACCACUGUGAUGUGGGAGAGUUUAUGGAGAAAAGGUGAAGAUACUCACUGGAGAUCUGACUUGGUUGAACAUGACAGCUUACCACCAUUCAACCCAAGAGACCAAACCAUAUUGUUGGACGAAUUGAGGGCUAAAGCCGUCGAAGAAUUUGCCAAUUUAAGACAACAAGAACAACAAUCCCAACAACAAUCCCAAUCUGAAUUAGAAUCACAAACUGCUUAA